CGCAUACUUUCAGUCUGCAGCCUGCCGGAAUUUACGAGCGAGCUUCGGCUGAGAGAGUGCGACCUGUCAGGAGAAUAAAUCCCACUCGAAGUAGCUUUUAUGAAUUGGAAUUGUAUCGAAGAAAAAGACAAAACAAAUACGCGCGUUCGACGAACCCGUUCCUCUUUUAGUGAAAGUACCUGUCGCCUCCGGACACCGUUCUAUCUUCGAUCGGUUAUCUCGUUGCGGUUUCACAUUUUAUAUUUAUGGUAACUUUAAUAGUACAACUAAGGACGCGGCUGAUCCCACAACGUAAUCUCGCGUCGCGAGUUAUGCUCCGCGAUAAAUUGGAUUAUCGGUGCUUCCGUGAACGAACAUACACGCGAUUCAGAUAACGCAAUCGAUUCAUUCAGAGCGCGAUCAGGAGGGAUUAUUUAUGCAAGGAGGAUGUACUGUUACAUACUGUUGAGAAUACUGUUUCACGAAUUUUGCACGUGUAUCUCCAAAUCCAUCUUGAUCCAGAAUGGCAAUCGAAGGUAAUCGUUGGAAGAAGAAAUCCUGUAUUGAUCAAUUAAGCAAAUUAACAUCAAAACGCGUGCCGAUCUUAGCGUGGCUGCCGAAAUAUAACUCUGAAAAAUUCCUCAGCGACAUAAUAGCCGGUAUCACGGUUGGUCUGACAGUUAUGCCACAGGGACUCGCAUACGCGACAUUGGCUGGCUUAGAACCUCAGUAUGGUCUUUAUUCAGCAUUUAUGGGAGCAAUGGUGUACGUGAUAUUUGGUUCUUGUAAAGAUAUUACAAUCGGUCCAACUGCGCUCAUGGCACUAAUGACUCAUGAUUAUGUGCGAGGAAGAAAUGCGGAUUUCGCCAUACUUCUCGCAUUCUUGUCCGGUUGUCUGCAAUUACUAAUGGCAUGCUUACGUUUAGGUGUACUUAUAGACUUCAUCUCGAUACCAGUAACUGUGGGCUUUACAUCAGCGACAUCCCUUAUAAUUGUCGCUUCGCAAUUGAAAGGAUUGCUAGGUCUAAAAAUUUCGUCACAGGGAUUUUUAGACACUUUGACCAAGGUUUUCCAAAAUAUCGGCGACACGAGUCCAUGGGAUACUGGAAUGAGUAUUUCUUGUAUCAUAAUUCUAUUGUUAUUCAGAAAAAUGAAAGAUGUCAAAUUAUAUAUCGUUGGCAAGAAGUCGAACUUUCAGCAUAUAAUCAGGAAAACGAUAUGGCUGAUCUCCACAGCGCGAAAUGCCAUUGUUGUCGUCGUUUGCUCCGUCAUCGCUUACAAAUACGAUACAUCUGAGUCUGGAUCACCGUUUAUUCUGACAGGCCCCGUGAGAUCUGGUCUUCCAUCAUUUGGCCUUCCACCUUUUUCCACACAAGUGAACAAUCAGACAUUCACAUUCACGCAAAUGUGUUCCGAACUGGGUACCUCCAUAGUAUUAGUGCCGAUAAUAGCAGUACUCGGCAACGUAGCCAUAGCUAAAGCCUUCGUGAACGAGGGUAAAGUUGACGCUACUCAGGAGCUGCUUACGCUCGGAAUCUGUAACGUGCUCGGGUCUUGCGCGAGCUCUAUGCCAGUUACGGGAUCGUUCAGCAGAUCGGCAGUAAACCAUGCCAGCGGUGUGAAGACUCCAAUGGGCGGACUGUAUACCGGAAUCCUGAUUUUGCUAGCUCUCAGUUUACUCACACCAUAUUUUUACUUCAUUCCGAAAGCUUCAUUGUCAGCUGUAAUCAUCUGUGCGGUAAUAUACAUGAUUGAAUACGAAGUUGUGAAGCUAAUGUGGAAAUCAAGUAAAAAGGAUCUCAUACCAAUGUUCGUCACUUUUUUGUUUUGCCUCGUCAUUGGCGUGGAGUAUGGUAUUUUGUCGGGAGUCGGCAUAAAUUUGAUGUUCCUAUUGUAUCCCUCCGCAAGACCCACAAUCCACGUCGACAAAUAUACAACUGAUUGUGGCGCGGAAUACUUGUUGGUUACGCCAGGAAACAGCUUGUAUUUCCCAGCUGUCGAUUUUAUAAAGCAGUCAGUUGGCAAUGCUGGUAUAAAGCAAGGAUCUAGUCAAGUACCAGUUGUUGUAGAUUGUAGAUACAUUUUAGGAGCAGACUUUACAGCUGCCAAGGGUAUAAAAACAUUGAUCAAUGAAUUUAGCAGUCGCAAACAGGGUUUAUAUUUCUAUAACCCAAGAUCAGAGGUUGUUACUGUUCUGAAAGGCGCUUGUGGCGAAGAGUUUCAGUAUGUUUCGACCCAAGAAGAGCUCUCUUACCUGUUAUCGACGAAUCAAGAUAAAUCUUUACAAUUGCUUGAUCAGACGCAUGGCAAAUUACUACAUACACCUAUAUCGAGUAAUUCAGAGAUGGUUCAUAGAAAUGCACGUGGUUCUUGCCAUGAGCUAAGUGAAGUUACAAGUACACUCUUGCACGCUACUGCAAGUUGAAAUCGAAUCUUCUUAUACAAUUUUCUUUAUAUCAAUAUAAGACAAGAAUAAGAAUUUUAUUAAAUAGAAUAUUAUAUAAAUCAGUUAACUUUACAAAACUGAUAUUAAGCACAUAAAAAAAUAAAGUAAAAGCGACAAAGAAAUAAAUAUUCAUUUA